AUAUCUCCAAAGUAAAACACAAACACAAACGCAUACCAGAGAGAGAGAGAGAGAGAGAGAGAGAGAGAGCGAAAAUGGCGAUAGCGUGCUCCUCCACGGCUCUAAUGGCGCCUCCGCCACUCCUCCGCACGAAACCCUCGUCCCCCUCCUCUUCCUGUUACUACUCCGUUACCUCCUCCGCCUCCCUCGCCUCGCGCGCCUCCCUUCUCUUCUCCGGCGGCGGCGGUAUCCUCCGUCCCGUUGCGCGGCGGCGCCGCUCCGGUGGACGCGGAGGCGGAGGGGGAGCCUUGGGGUCGCGGUGCCUCUUCGGGCUCGGCGUCCCCGAGCUCGUCGUCAUCGCCGGGGUGGCCGCGCUCGUGUUUGGCCCCAAGAAGCUCCCCGAGAUCGGACGCAGCAUCGGCAAGACCGUGAAGAGCUUCCAACAGGCAGCUAAAGAAUUUGAAACCGAGAUAAAAAAAGAUUCCGAAGAUGCAAGUCAACCUGCUCCAUCUGAAACCCCCAAAACAAUCAAGAGCGAAGACGAGAAAAAGGAACUCGAAGCUUCAUCAGGCACCAAAGAAAGCAUCUAGAGGAGGAACCUAAGCUGCUGUUUUUCCAAAGCCAUCUCCGUGUUUCAUUGUUUGUAUCAUUAAGAGAGUAUUUAAUGUUCCUUAUUUUUCUUAUCAUUCCAUAAUCUUAUGGCGUUUUGACUCGACAAAACUGCGAUUCGAGCUUCUGAAAUGUAGUUAGUGCAUUAUUCCCACUUUUACCAAGACUUGGCUUGUGCCAUUUUUUGUACCAAAGUUGAGUUUCUUGUUGUUGCCUCUAAAGGAAUCAUCUGGUUUCAUCA